UCUGCAAGUUUAUGGGUUGGGAUCUCAAAGCGUGCGAAGAAGGCGUUCAUCUCCUCUGCCAGCUAGUCGCUUGAGUCCACAGCCGUGUUUGUUCUGCCCUCUGAAGUUGGUGAUGUCCUGGAUGCCCUGCCACAUCUGCCGUGGGUUGUGGUUAGAGAGAUGAUCCUCUAUUUCGGUUUUGUAAUCCUGUUUGGCUCUAGUGAUUCCUCUUUACAGGUUGGCUCUGGCAGCACUGUACAGUUCUGUACUGCCCGACCUGAAGGCGGUGUUGCUGUCCUUGAGGAGCAUCCUGACCUGGCUGGUCAUCCAGGGCUUCUGAUUGGGGAAAAUCCGGAUCCACUGUGACAUUCCUUAUGCAGAACUUGAUGUAGGAUAGCACAGCCUCUGUGUGUGCAGCCAGGUCCUGGUGUUCAAAGAUACCCCACUCAGUGUCGGCAAAACAGUCCUGGAGCUGGAGAAGUGUGCAUCUUCAGGCCACGUGGUGAUGGUCUUAGUCAGAGGAGUGGAGCUUCUUCUGAGGGGGAUGUAUGCGGAUAUACUUGAAGUGCGUUUCAAAGGCUUCAGCUCUUCCAUCUAGGACAAAAAAACAUUUUUUUCUUGCAGAUAUGAGAUGUCGAGGUGUUUCGUACCUUGCUGUUGUAAUUGUUUUCCUCCUAAUAACUUGGGGAAUCUCCAUGAAUCUUUUUGAUUCACAGGAGAGCACAAGAAAUAUUCUUGGGCUUAAUCAUGUAUAUCGAAUCAAAUUCGAAACAGCCACAUCAGCGCCUCAGCCAAAGUGCAGCCUCUCCAAAGCCUGUCCACCUGACCAUUUUUCUUUACAUAUCAAGAGCGGAGCAGCUAAUGUUGUUGGACCAAAGAUCUGUUUCGAGGGUAAAACCAUUAUGAGUCACGUGUUGAAUAACGUGGGACCAGGACUGAACAUCGUGGUGGUAAAUGGUGAAAAUGGAGUUGUGGAAAAAUUUGGCUACCUUAAUAUGCAAGCUGGAAACCCAGAAGACAUCUUGGCAUAUCUGACAGAAAUCAAACCUGGAAUGAUUGUUUUGGUGGCUUCAUUUGAUGACGUGACAGCAAAAAUGACAAAAGAAAUGCGGGAGAUAUUUGUCGGAAUGGGUAGCACUUUGAUCACGUCUGUAAAACGCAGAGACAGCUGGGUGUUUGCUGGAAGAACAGGGACAGGAAACAGAAGCAUCUAUGAGAAGCAGGCUGUUAAUGAUCGGAAAAACAACAUUUAUGAAGGAUGGCCAGCGAUGGUGGAGAUCGGUGCCUGUUUUCCAAGGAUCCUAACUGCCGAACACUGACGACGAGGGACUUUUGUGAUGAAAAGGACAAUAUGAUGAAAGUUUCUCUUUUAAUGCCCUUUUCAAGACUUCCACCCCGACUUUCAAACUCCAAACUGAAUUUUCUAGACUUAAGAGAAGGGAUUCCUUUUACUCUUCCCGGAGUUUCCUUGAGAUUGCGAAGCUUCCUGCGGCUUGACAUUUGUGAUUCUGGGUUAUAUAAAUAAAAUUGACUGCUUUCAUAUACCAGCGG